CUAAUAAAGCUUGAUGACAGGAUUAUUGAGUGGAAUAACAGUGUUUAUGGAUCGAUAAAGGACUACCCUACCAACCCUACAGUUUUCACCUUAUACCUACCCCCCCCCACACACCCCUCUUCCAAUACAGCUCAAUCAAUCAACCGGUUGAGUCAUUUCCUCAAUAGUUGGGUGACACACAAACCUACAAACAGGAGAUGAUAAUCCUUCCACUGUAAUCAUCAGUUACACUAAUCCUACACUGAUAAUCCUACAGUGCAGUGCUAAGGAUUUAUGUAAAACUGAGAAAAUCUGCGAAACCUAGGAAUCCAGCAACGCUGAGAAAAUUCGACAUAAUAAAUUCAAAGAAAAUACUGCGGCUUAAACAUGGCUUGUUUGAGACCAGUUUCAUCCGAGAGUACGGAUUCAAAAAGUCAGAAAUCUAUCAUUGAGAUCUACACAGACUGGGCGAACCAUUAUCUGGAUAAAACUAAAGGAAAGAAACGUAUCUCCGAUCUCCAGACUGAACUGUCAGAUGGAAUUAUUCUCUCCGAGGUUAUUGAGGCCGUGACUCAACAGAAAAUUCCAGAUAUCAACAAAAAACCCAAAACUAAUGCUGCAAUGGUGACUAAUAUCCAGGCAUGUUUAAAUUUUCUCCGGGCUAAAGGAGUAGCAGUGGAGGAUAUACUACCGGAGGAAAUACGAGAAGGAAACCUAAAAGCAAUCCUAGGAUUGUUUUUUCAACUUUCUAGGUUUAAACAACAACAGAAGCAUCUGACGGGUAUACAGAGAGGUUCUGUACCGAAUUCUCCUGCCAAGUUGAGCAGUAUUCCCAUCCCAGGUUCCGGUUUGUCCCCUAAGAGAGGGGGAGAGAAUAAGAAAGUAGAGAUCCAGGGAAACAGAAGCUUUCUACCGGGUAAAUCAAAUAGCAUCCCGACUGCAGUAAAACAGGGGGAAAACCUGGGGAAACUGGGGGAUAAACCCGGGAUAAAACCCCCAACAGGGAGAACCGAAAGAAAUGGGAUAAUCCCUACACACUAUGAUCAAAGCGGAAAUACUAAGCAGAGUAUGCUGGAAAGAUUAAAGAUUGGUCGAACCUCACAUAUAUCCGGGUCUUCAAUUAAACCAGGUUUGGGUAAAAGAACCUCUAGUUCUAGCGGGUUCAGCUCAGCUAGAUCCGAUCAAAGUGAAUCAAGCAUUAGUUUAAGCAGUGAUACUAACUUCCCCUCUCCAUCUGCUCUUAGAAGGAUCCAGGAAAACCAAGAGAUCGUUCAAGCCGAUCAAGCUAGACGCUCUGGAAUAAGAAAUAAGCUCACACGAGCUCAAUCCAAGGAUAAUUCCUGUUCUCCGAAACGAUCCCCGAAGUUGGGACGAAACUCCGGAGUAACGGAAAUCAAAGAUUACGGUCCGAUUGAUGAGAGCAGGGUUGGAUCAAAACCAGAGAAUUAUCCUCCCCACGCAUACUCUAGAUCUAAUAGUGGUAUAUCCUUCAAACAUACAAAUAUAUCCUCCAGUGAAGGAUAUAGGAGGGAUCAGCAAACUUUCAUAUCCUCGCCGGUCAAAACCUCAAGAAUGGGGACAGGUAUCCCAGCUCCGGGUAGGCUAGGAGCAGAGAUAGGGAAACCUCCCUCAUCUCCAGCUCCUAGCAAACAACCAGGAGCAUGUAAACCUCCCCCGCCUCCGCUUCGAACCCAUUCAAUAUCACAGGAUCCCAAGGCACAGGAUGGAACUGGUUCUCUCUCAGAAAAACAGGUCCUGUCAGAAGUAUCAGCUCAAAAUGAUAAGAUGGAGAACGAUAGAAGUUCCGUGACAGGAAACUCACAAAACAGUUCUCCCUCUCAUCAGAGUAAAACCUGUAGUUUGCCCCGGCAGAAGCGUCGAGGAGAUAUGACUCCGGGUCCAAAUGUUGCAAUCGUGUCUCCGAUGCCGUCCUUGAAGAGAUCAGAUAAGAUGAGCAAGGAAGAGAACUGUAAGAAGGAGGAUACUGAGGAUCCAAUGCAAGGGAUUGCUCCCAUGGCUCCCUUGGGAUUUUUCCGUGGAAGGAACGGCGGAGAGAUUAUGGGAGGAGGACGAGAUAUUGGGAGUAUGCAGACUGUGAACACUGCUCUUGUUACAGGUUGUGGAGAACAAGGAUAUAUGUCGGACUCAGACGUUUGCCGGAGAAGGGGUAAUAUGGACUCCGGGUAUAUAAGCGAGGGCGGAGUAGAUACCUAUCUCCGGGGGCGGAACAAGGCGGAUGAUGGAUAUGCUAGUGAGGGAGGGGCGGAGUUCUAUAAUAAGAAGAUAGAACAAAGAAUGGCGUAUGAACGGCAGAGAGAGGAUGCUGAGAAAGCGUAUCUUGAGAUGGCUGGGAAAUCAGGGAAACAUAAACCACUCCCACAGGUUCUAGGACGACAGGGAUCCGUUCACGAAGGGGAUCAGGGGCUUGGUCGAGUAGAACAGGUUUACAAGGUUGUCGGAGGAAGAAGAAACGUGGAGAAAGCAGAUUCAGGUUCGAUUUAUAUUUAAUUUUUUAGAAUCAACAAUCUUAAUAUCAUUAUUAAAUAAAUUCCAAAGAUAUCUUAACACUCUUCUUUUCCUCCUUAUUUCUCCCCUCACAUCACCCACCCUAACCACAUAAAUUAGUUUUCAACACUUCAAAGGAAUUGUGAAUUCAAUGAAGAUUUAGUAGCUUUAUAAAUCCUUGGUUUUCUUCCUUUAUCUGGGCCCGGUUU